UUACAGCCUCCGGUGACGACGGCGGUUUUGAAGCUGGGCUAUCACUGCGAGGGUUGCAUCGAGAAAAUUAAGAAGACACUGCUAAAAACCAAAGGAGUGCUGAGUAUGACAGUGGACAAGCAGAAAGAGCUGGUGACUAUACAAGGAACAAUGGACGCUAAAGCGUUGGCUCAGACUCUGAAGGAGAGACUGAAGAGACCCGUUGAGAUCGUGCCACCUAAGAAAGAAAAUGAGGAGAAAGAAUCCAACGGUGGCAGUGAUGAUGAGGGCGAAGAUGGUGGGAUAGAAGAUGAUGCUGAGAAUGAAGGAGGAGGAGGAGGUGGCGGUGGAAAUUUGUCCGGGCUGGGCUAUGGAUACCCGUACCCGUUUAGUGGAUACGAAUACGGGUACCCGGUCGUACAAGUGCAUGCUCAUGCUCCCCAGAUGUUUAGCGAUGAAAACCCGAAUGCUUGUUCAGUGAUGUGAUAUUAUAGGAAGGAGAGACUUAAAAAAUGAAAAUUGUAAAUAAUGAAUAGA